AAAACGCGCUGCGUUAUUGAAAGUAGUAUUAGUGUGAAUGGGAUAUUAUUGUAUAUAAAAACAAAUUAUCGAAAGUUUCUCGGACCGGAAAGUACAAUGUACAUACUCAUAUAUGCACAUAUCGGAUCUGCAUUCUCUUGUUAACCGCCUAAGCUUCAAAGUGAGUCCCAAAAAGUUAUUGCGUGUGCGCGUGAAGAAUAUUAAGAAAAAAGUUAAAGUGGCUGCAGAAUCCACUGCUAAGAACGCAAAAGGCCCAGGCCCAUACUCCGAGCUCAUCUCUCUUUAAAUAAUACCGCGGUAUCUCAAAAUUUUUCUUAUAAGCCUGAUGUUCCUUUAUAUGACGUAAGAGACUUGAUUAUUCCAACCAAAAAAUUGAUAGAAAAAUCGAAAAAACAUUUUUGUAUGUUCUGUCCAAAACUGCAAACAAAAUUUGCACGCCAUUUGCAACUCGUUCAUAAGAAUGAGAGCUCAGUGAGGAAAUUUAAUUGUCUUCCAAAAAAUGACAAAAAAAGGAAACAAUUAAUUGAUGAAAUCAGAAAGAAAGGCGACUUCAUGUUUAACACAGAUAAACAGUUCAACAAAGGCAUUUUGAUUGUUCCUCGACAGAAACAAAAAAACUCAAAAAACCAAGCUGCUGAUUUUGUUUGCUGCAAAUUUUGUUGUGGGUUCUUUCCAAAGAACACUUUGCGCAGCCAUGUAAAAAACUGCCCUGGUAGUAGUCACAAAAAAGGAACUCGUGAUUUACUUAAGAAUGGUCGUGCCAAAACAGGAUUUGUCCAUCACUCUGCUGUCGAUGUUCUACGGGAAAAAGUAUUGCCGGUGUUAAAUGAUGACGAAAUUUCACGAAACCUACUUUACGAUGAGCUUAUAAUAUUAUAUGCAAAUGAACAAUGCUUCCGCCACAAUGAACUUCAAUAUGACAUGAUUAGAGCGAAUAUAAGGUUGCUUAGCAGAUUGGUUAUGGAAUUAAAGAAAAAUUCUGAAGACAUUCGAGAGCUCAAAGACGCCAUUGCACCGAAACAUUUAGACGUUCUUGUAUGCUGCAUUCGUUCUGUUGCGAAAUGGGAUUCAACCACUCAAUUUUUUAAAACGCCUUCGGUAGCGACUAACCUCACCGCGUUAAUAAAAAAAUGCGCCUACAGACUACUGGCACAAAGCAUAAAAACACAGAAUGACGAUCAAAAAAAUCAGUAAAAGAUUUUUUAGUUUUAUGGGAAACUGAAAUUCCGAUUUUUAUAAACAAAAAAGCUUGUGAGGAUCAGUCGAAAAUCAAACGUUCAGCACGAACCAUUCUUCCAUGUAAGGAAGAUAUUAAAAAGCUUUUUGAUUAUGUCAGAAACAACUCAGAAAAAGCUCUUCACGUAUUAAAAAAUAAAUUUGAUUUAAAUGCCUGGAACUCUUUGAUUCAAAGUACACUUAUCGCCCUGCAAAUUUUUAAUCGACGACGAGCUGGUGAAAUUGAACGACUCACUAUUGAGAAUUAUAACACUGGCCACGCCAUUGAGGAAAAUAUGGACCUUGAAAAUUUCGCAUCCCUAUCAAAGGAAUCACAAGAGAUUGCCAAUAAAUAUACAAGACUAACAAUUCGCGGAAAGCUGAAUAGAACGGUUCCAGUGCUUCUUACGCCUUUUGAUAAAUUUUGUAUAGAGACUAUUUUAAAGUAUAGAAAAAAGGCUGGCGUAAAAGAAACAAACAUCUAUAUAUUCAGCGUUGCCCAUUGUAAGCCCUUAGCAAAACCUUAUGUAAGGGCGUGUCCCAUUUUAAAAAUGUUUGCGGAAAGGUGUGGAGCUAGAUGUUCAAUGGCUUUAAGAGGUACUAUGCUCAGAAAACAUUUAGCUACGUAUACCUCUCCGUUAAAUGUAGAAGAUAUGCAAAUAGACAGACUUGCAAACUUUAUGGGACACCACAAGGAUAUACACAAGAGCAUAUACCGCAUACCUGUAUCAGUAGCAGAAAUUACAGAGGUGUCAAAAAUGCUAAUGGCAGCUUUGGGAAACGACGAUCCAGAGGAUGAAUCUAUUCCUGUUCCGUUAACAAAUAAUGAUUUCGAAGACUCCGGGUCAAACUAUUCGGACAACAAAUCUGAAAGUGGAUCCGAUGACGAGUUUCUCCAAAAUUUUAAAAACAACGAAAAAAAGAGAUCUUCUUUUGGAAAAAUUCAACGAAAACGCUGGACUGCUGAAGAAAUUAACGCCUUGACCAUCGAGUUUGGCGAACCAGCUCAAAUUUCAAAAUUACCUUCGUUAAAAAAAUGCAUCGAGGUAAUCAAUAGGAAUCCCCAUCUUAAGGAUAGAACACCCCAGCAAGUCAAGUCUUGGAUUGACAACCAGAGAAAAGCUGAAGGGCGCAAGACUGGAUCUUCUCUUAAUAAGAAAAAAUAUAAACUUUAAGUUACAUUAUAAAGAAUGUUAUUCAUGAAUGUUAUUUUUAUUUUUAUGAUUUAAAAACUUAUAAAUGAAAUGUAAGUGUAUUUUUUUCAUUUUCGCUCAAAAAUAAAAAGUUAAAAACAAUUGCAAAAAUUACACGGCGUU